GUACGUCACUCCUCGUGCGACAUUUGUUUUUGUUCCUGCCUGGUUUCCGUACAGCGGCUAUCACAGAAAGCAUGGCGUCUUCAAUGUCACUGGUACUCGGGCAGUUGUUAGUGCGGAGAUCUGCCGGUACAGUGUUGAAUCCGUGCAGGUCACUGAGCACUUCCACAUGGCGACUGGCACAGAACCAAUCUCAAGACACGCAACUCAUCACAGUGGAUGAAAAAAUGGAUAUUACCACUAUAUCUGGUGUUCCAGAGGAGCAUAUCAAAACAAGGAAAGUCCACAUUUUUGUUCCUACCAAGAAUGCCAUGCAGUCUGGUGUAAAUAAUACCAAGAAGUGGAAGAUGGAGUUUGACACCCGCGAACGCUGGGAAAACCCACUGAUGGGUUGGGCGUCAACGGCGGAUCCCUUGUCCAACAUGCUUUUAGCAUUCUCCUCUAAAGAAGAUGCUAUUGCUUUUGCUGAAAAAAAUGGGUGGAGUUAUGAAAUUGAAGAAAAGAGAAUUCCAAAACCAAAAUUCAAGUCUUAUGGAGCAAACUUUUCUUGGAACAAGAGAACAAGAGUAUCCACAAAAUGAAUUGUUAUAAGUCUGACUGUGAGCUAAGUCAGCUGUGCAAUAUUUAUAGACCAAGUAUAAUACAACUCUUAGCCUCCUAAUAAAUAUGACCUUUAAACUACAAA